UCGUGGGGAGAGACGGCGUGCGGCGGAGUGAGGGAGGGGGCGGGGAGGGGGCGCGGCCCGGCUGACGUGGGUCGGGGUCGGCGCGGCGGGCUGUGGCCGGCGGCGGCGCGCAGAGACACAGCGAUCCGAAGCGAGGACGAGCGGGCGCCGCGCCCGCACCUCCCCGCACAGCCCGUGCCGCGCGCCCCACGAGCUGCAGCCGCCGCAGCCGAAUCGAGCCGCGUCCCUUCCGCGCUCCAGCCGCUCCCAGCGCCGCCAUGGCCCCGGCGCUCUGGCCGCGCCUCGGCCGCAUCCUCUGGCUGGCCUGCCUCCUGCCCUUGGCCCCGGCUAGGGUGGCUGCAGGCGCGUAUGAACUUCACCUCACCACCGACGGCCCUGCCACCACGGGGGCAGAGGUGACCAUCACGGCCAGCCUGGUGGCCGAUGACAAUGGCAGCCUGGUCCUGCCCGCCAGCACCCGCCUUUACCGCUUCCGCUGGAUUCACACCCCAUUGCUGCUCACGGGGCAGAGAGACGAGGCGUUCAGCUCCACCAUCCGCGUCGUGGGGAACGUGCCCGGGGACUUCCCGGUCUCCGUCUGGGUCACCGCCGCUGACUGCGCGACGUGCCAGCCUGUGGCCAGGAGCCUCCUCGUCCUCCCCAUUACAGAGUCCCUCGUGGGGAACCUCGUUGUCACCCAGAACACCUCCUUGCCCUGGCCCAGCUCCUACCUCACCAAGACAGUCCUUAAAGUUUCCUUCCUCCUCCACGACCCCAGCAACUUCUUCAAGACCGCCUCGUUUCUCUACAGCUGGGACUUCGGAGACGGCACCCAGAUGGUGACCAGAGACGCUACGGUCUAUUAUAACUAUUCCAUCGUUGGAUCCUUCACUGUGAAGGUCAAGGUCGUGGCGGAGUGGGAGCAGGUAACACCGGACGUCGGGAAGGGCGUUUUGCAGAAGACGGGCGACUUCUCCGCCUCGCUGAAGCUGCAGGAAACCCUUCGAGGCAUCCAGGUCUUGGGGCCUACCCUAAUUCAGACCUUCCAAAAGAUGAUAGUGACCUUGAACUUCCUGGGGAGCCCCCCGCUGAACGUGUGCUGGCGUCUUAAACCCGAGUGCCUCCCGCUGGGGGAAGGGGAAUGCCACCCUGUGUCAGUGGGCAGCGCGGCUUACAACCUGACCCACAUCUUCAGGGAUCCUGGGGACUACUGCUUCAGCAUCCAGGCCGAGAACAUUAUCAGCAAGACGCAUCAGUACCACAAGAUCCAGGUGUGGCCCUCCAGCAUCCAGCCUGCUGUCUUUGCUUUCCCGUGUGCCACACUUAUCACCAUGAUGCUGGCUUUCAUCAUGUACAUGACCCUGAGGAAUGCCGCUCAUCAGAAGGACAUGGUGGAGGUGGCUGAUUUUGACUUUUCCCCCAUGUCUGACAAGAACCCGGAGCCGCCCACUGGGGUCAGGUGCUGCUGCCAGAUGUGCUGUGGGCCCUUCUUGCUGGAGACGCCAUCCGAGUACCUGGAAGUUGUCCGCGAGAACCACGGGCUGCUGCCGCCCCUCUACAAGUCUAUCAAAACUUACACAGUGUGAGCGCCCCACCUCUACCCGGUUUCAGCGUUAACUGACUGCUGACUGG